UGUCAAAUUUCUUCCUCUUUGUUCCUCUCCCUUGCGGUGUGAACGUGUACAAAUUCCAGGAUAAAGAUGCCUACCGACGCAGCCGGUUUUAUUAAGGAUUUUCUCGCUGGAGGUAUCUCUGCCGCAGUAGCGAAGACUGCAGUAGCCCCAAUUGAAAGAGUAAAAUUACUGUUGCAAGUGCAGGCCGCUAGCAAACAGAUAUCCGCCGAAAAUGCGUACAAAGGUAUGGUCGAUUGCUUCAUUCGUAUUCCAAAGGAACAGGGUGUUCUGAGUUAUUGGCGUGGUAACUUGGCCAACGUAAUUAGAUACUUCCCUACACAAGCUUUAAAUUUCGCCUUUAAGGAUGUUUACAAACAAGUUUUCUUGGGAGGCGUUGAUAAAAAGACACAAUUUUGGAGAUAUUUUGCGGGAAAUUUAGCGUCGGGAGGCGCAGCUGGAGCCACAUCACUCUGCUUUGUAUAUCCUCUUGAUUAUGCAAGAACACGUUUGGGGGCCGAUGUAGGGAAGAGCGCUGCCGAAAGGCAGUAUAAGGGACUUGUAGACUGUAUCGCAAAAACAGUCAAAUCUGACGGACCCAUUGGAUUGUACAGAGGAUUUGUAGUAUCCGUGCAGGGUAUUAUUAUCUACCGUGCAGCUUACUUCGGCUGCUUCGAUACAGCAAAGGGAAUGUUACCUGACCCUAAGAACACGCCAUUCAUAAUUUCGUUCCUCAUUGCUCAGACCGUCACAACCUUUUCCGGAAUUGUAUCUUAUCCAUUCGAUACUGUCAGGAGGCGUAUGAUGAUGCAGUCAGGACGCGCAAAGGGUGACAUUAUGUACAAGAACACCUUGGACUGUUGGGUUAAAAUUUCCAAAUCUGAGGGACCUUCGGCCUUCUUCAAAGGCGCCUUCUCUAACGUCCUUCGUGGUACUGGUGCUGCACUUGUAUUAGUAUUCUACGACGAAGUAAAAGCUCUCCUAUAAAAUUAGCUCAAAUUCAACAUCUAGUUAAGAAAUAUCUUCUUAAUUUAUUUUUAUACAGUUUCGUCAUUCCAUUGUUAAAUGUGUACAGUUUGGAAGAAAAGCAUUUGUAACUCACUAAUUUACAUUCCUUCUGAUCGGUAUUUUCAUGUAUUAUUAUCAAGGCUGUUAAUAAACGAGGACAUGUAUUUUUUAACAA